UUUUAUUCACAAUUUCCUGGAAACUUGUAAACAAAGGGCACCUGUUUAUCUUAAUAGCAUUUUAAUUUCUUAACAUCCUAUCAAAAUGCCAAAGAAAAAGUCAGGCAAAAAGAAAAAGAAGUCAGCCAAAUCAUCGAAGGAAGACAAGAAUGCUACACCAGAGCCUGAUGACCCAGGGACUCUAAUAGCUGCAGAUGGAACAGAUGCUGGAAUAUCUGGUUUGCUUGCAGAUGCACCCGAUACUGCUGGAAAGGGCAAGGGCAAGAAAAAAAAGAAGGGGAAAAAAAAGAAAAAGAAAAUGACUCUGACUGAGAAAAAAUUGGCCCGGAUAGAGAAGGCGUGUGACAAAAUGCGAGCUGAUAAGCCCAAGUUUCAUGACUUCAUCAACACCAUGGAUUCCUGGUUGACUAAACACUACAAGAAACUCAUAAAAUACUUCCGGAGGUUUGAUGAGGACGGAGAGGGCAUUUUAACUUACGAAGACUUCAAGUCAGGGAUGCUGGAUAUGCUGGUUCCAUGUACAAGCACAGAACUGCAUAUGCUGUGUAAACUCCUUGACAGAGAAAAUACCGGUGAUAUUGACUUUACACAGUUCUCUAAAGGACUGAAGUACAUCAGGGAGCUGGAGGAUCUAGAACGAGAGGAAGAUGAUGCUGACAAGGUUCUCAUUGUCACUGAGAGGACAUUUGAGAAAUGCAAGUGCUGUAAAUUGUACAUUAAUGGGCCCUACCAGGUCAAGUACCCAAAGUUCAUUCUACUUGAGCUAAGACUAGUCACAUUCAACGACGUCAAAAAUCACCCAGGCCACAUUGAGCUCCUUGUGCAUUCCCACGUGCCUGUAUCGUCCCUGAUAGCGAUGAUAGUGGACGAGACUGGAAUCAUGUCAACAAAACUCUCCAUCUUCCACGACAAAUCACGCAGUCGAGAGGCGAUGUUGCCUCUUGACCUGAGCCUUCAGGAUCUAGGGUAUGAAGGUGACACAUACGAUGAUCCCGAAGAGUUAACCUUGUACUACGAUUACAAGGUGGAGUUUGUGGAUUGCCCGCUCUUGCUCUGUGAUUAUUAUUUCGGACAGAAGAUCGAGAUGAAUACAAACAAAAUGGUAAUGGCCUAAAAUGCUAAAAUGUUGGAGAACAUAGCCAGGUAACAACUUCGAUUUGUUGUGUUGUCAUAUUUUGGUCUGUACAUUUCAGAACAGAACAUUUUGAGUUACAAAUACACAGAUUUUUACAAUAACUUGUAAUUAUCUCUAUUGUCAUCUGUUUUUUGGUAAUUAUUUAAAAGGAAGUUUGCAUUUGGUGAAAAUAGAAUUGAACUAAUGUAGAGGAAAUUUUGCCUACCAAAAGCCUACGGUAGACCCAAAUUUAUUUUCAUCAAAGCUUUUUAACUGGCAGACAAAACUUUCAUGUACAGUAAGUUUAUGUACACAUUAAAGGGACUGAACUCUUGCUUGUCUAACUAUAAAAUUAGAAAGAAAACUCUCUAAAUACAUUAAUAUUUUCAUGUAAUCUUCCAGAAUAAAUAAAAGAAAUUAGAAAAAUUUAAUCAUUUUCAUGAAAAAGGCAUGAUUAUAGUGUUUUUAAUCAAUAAUAUGCACUGUAAUUAAUAGGCUGUUAAGUUCAGUUGUGAAUGUGAACAUCUAAAUUAGGUGAAAAGUUUUAUUAAGGAAAGUUAUUAUUUACCAGUAUUAUGUUUAGUUUUUUCCUACAAAAUAAACAGUUUAUGACAGUAUUUGAUCAUACUCUGUUCAAAUGGGUAUGGUGGUUUUACGCAUGUUUUUAUCUCAGACUUUACUACAUUAAAUCAUACCUUUUUCUGGCAAUAAGGAGGACAGUCCCUUCAAUAUGCUUCAAAAGUUAAAAUAAUAUUUGCACCAUGUUACACAUUUUAAUGGCAUUAUAUUUGCAAACUCAUUGAAUCACAGAAUAUUAGGCAGCAGGCAUGAUUUUAUUUCUUCCAUGUUAGAUUGUAUGUUUAAAAAUUAGGAACCGUAACUCCUGAUUAAUCUGGCAUUUUUGCCAGGGAUCAUAUAAUAUCAUAUAAUAAAUGUCUUUUGUUUACUAAAUAUAAUAGCAUUGAAUUUAAUUUAAGCUGCAUAAGGUGGCAGUUUUCCAUAUUUAUAUGUAACAAUUGGCUGUUUCUUGUCAAAGAUCAAAUUGAAAUGUGGCCAAAGUAUGCAUUUACAGGGUAUUACUUUAAUAAAUGGUUGUAAUCCAGAUCUCCACUAUUUGAUUUCAGAAGGAUUUUUUAUUUGUUAUCUUUGUUCUAUCCUGUUCGUAUGUUAAUCGUUUGUUUAAAAAAUAUGUGGCCAAAUUGUUCCUUUCGUGAAACUGAUAUCAAAUAAAAUUCCAGAGUAAAUUUUUUUAAAGUCUUGUAUGAACAAGAAUUUAAGUGUUAUAACAAAUACAAAUGUAUAUCAAUUUUAUUUUGAACAUUUGUGAAUAGUAAUCAGAGUUUCUAUUCAUAUACACAUAUAUAUAUUUACAUAUUUUACACAUUUUGAUUAUUGUGAUAUUUUUAUAUAAGUUGUUUGUUUUACCAAAGAAUAUAUAUUCAGGCACCUUUUAUAUGCUGUAAAGUUUUGCAAUGUUUUUGAACACAUGUAUAAAUGUAUUUUAUAAUGAAUAAAACUAAAAAUAC